GUCGGGUAGAUGCUCAAGCCUACCGGGCGACGCCGGGGAGGCGGGAGAGGGGGGGGGGAGGAUGAGGGGGAGGACGAUGAUGCGGGGGAGGAGGAGGAGGAGGAGGAGGAGGAGGAGGAGGAGGAGGAGGAGGAGGAGGAGGAGGAGGAGGAGGAGGAGGAGGAGGAGGAGGAGGAGGAGGAGGAGGAGGAGGAGGAGGAGGAGGAGGAGGAGGGGGAUGAGGAGGAUGAGGAGUACAACGGGGAGGGGGAUGAGGAGGAUGAGGAGUACAACGGGGAGGGGGAUGAGGAGGAGGGUUAUGAGGAGGAGGUGGAUGGGGAUGAUGUUGAGGAGGAAGAGGGGGGGGCGGCGACGCCGGGGAGGCGGGAGAGGGGGGGGGGGGAGGAUGAGGGGGAGGACGAUGAUGCGGGGGAGGAGGAGGAGGAGGAGGAGGAGGAGGAGGAGGAGGAGGAGGAGGAGGAGGAGGAGGAGGAGGAGGAGGAGGAGGAGGAGGAGGAGGAGGAGGAGGAGGAGGAGGAGGAGGACGUGGAGGAGGAGGAGGAGGAGGAGGAGGAGGAGGAGGAGGAGGAGGAGGAGGAGGAGGGGAUGAGGAGGAUGAGGAGUACAACGGGGAGGGGGAUGAGGAGGAUGAGGAGUACAACGGGGAGGGGGAUGAGGAGGAGGGUUAUGAGGAGGAGCACCUAAGCUACCCGACUUCCAGCCCCUAG